GUGCUUCUAUAAGAUACUAAAUUUGAACAUGAGACGGUAAAGAACAAGUAUGGCAGACAAAGAAGAACUACAAGAACGAACUAAAGUGGCUAGACAAGAGUAUAGAGAAUAUCUACCGCUUGCACAGCAACUCCAAGGAGAUCUCCGAGACGACGCCGAACAACUUCGGGUACAGGAAGGCUGGGAUGAAGAUACGUGGAAUGGUGUUGAAGAGUGGGUUGAUGAUGUGGGAAGUAUAUGGAGAGCUUUAAGAAGAAACCGCUAUGACCAAAACAAGACACACUCAUUCCUCCUCUCAGUCCUGUCGACUCGUCUUUCUCUCUCUUUACACGGCCCUAUCCCUUCUAUCCUACCAUACUCGGAUUCCCCUCUCUUCCACAUCCUCCCCCUCCCUUCACACACCGAUAAACUCAACAGACCAAUUGUCGUUCUCACCGCGCGCGAAAUUGUUAGGGACGAACAAGGAAUGCUAGAUGAUGUCAAAGAAUGGAUAUGGUGGGCUUUAGAAAUGUGUAGGAGGACAUCUAAGGACUGGUGGAGUAAAGGGAUGUGGGACGGAAGUGGGGUGGAUGGGUAUGGGAGGGGAAAAGGGAAGGCGAGGGGCGAAGGAGGGGAAGGGAUUGUCUUGUUGGUUGAUGCAGCCGGUGCGGGAUAUCGAAACCUUGAGGUUGAUCUACUGCCUACACUACUUUCCGUAGGACAUAACAGCUUUCCGGGCCUCCUCGAGGCGGUAUACGUUAUCAACGUUGGAUGGACAGGGCGAAGCAUGUGGGCCGUUGUCAAGCAUUUGCUCCCCAAAUCUGCUUUAGAAAGGGUUGCAUUCCUGGACACGAAAGAAUCACUAGCCGAAGUCUUCGAACUGGACAAGAUCCCACAAGCAUACGGUGGCGACAGCCCUUAUACAUUCUCGCCCUCUAAUAAUCCCAUUUACGCAUACUAUUCCCGCCACUCGAGUCAUUCGUUUAUUGCCUCCAUUUCCAGAAGCACAUCAUGCACCUCUAUAGCAGACGUAUACUACACAGCGCGCAACACGCCUUUUCCGAGCCGCCGAACGUCUCCAUUGAUUAGUAGGCAGAAUAGCGCUUCAAGUGGUAUGAUGAAAGCCAUGUUUCGAGCGGGGUAUGGAAAUGAUUUGAGAAUGACCAAGAGUCGUGAUGAGAGAUCCCGAAAGGUGGAGGGAGAUGAUGAUGGCGAUGAAGAGGAUGAGAUGACCAGAGUCAUAUCUGCAUCUGAUGUUGCCGCCGUAGGCCCGAUGACGGGUCUUAUAACACAGUCCUUGACCGAACCGGAAGAUCCACAACCGAUUUUAUCCAGGGCAAGUAGUACCCUCACGUCAAGAAGUAAACCACCUACUCGAGCUCCCUCGUCCGCAGCGGUCUCACGCAUCAAAUCCCUCUCCGACUUUCAUCUCUAUCUCUCACCUUCUCGAUUAGCGCGUAUCGAUCUUCUCUCUGACUCUUCUGAUUCGGAAGAUGAGCCUCCCCCUCCACCUUCUAUCCCUUCGCUUCCUCGUCGCAAAGUGCUUCGCCCGGCGCUGCUGGAAAAGAGCCUAGCAGGAACGCCUGACGAGCGCGAGAAAAGAACUAAUAGACCCGCUUUGCGGUUGAUGGGCCUUCCAGGUCAUUUGGCGGAUGAUGAUCCUGUGCGAAGCUAUUCGGGAAGAUUGCAGAUGCAUCAUGCAAAGUGGCUGGAGGGAUGGAAGGGAACUCCGGAAGAGCUUGGACUGGAAGAUAAUCAUAAGCUUGGCGGCGUAAAACAUGAGGAAGAGGAAAACGCCCCGAUACCGAGAACAAUAUCCGUUUCACCACCUAUUGAUCGUCCUCCUUCACCUUCCGGCACUCUUGAGCCAUCUCCGUCACCGUCUCCCAUCCAUUCUCCCGCAAUGACACCACAACCUCAUGACAUCCAGCCUUACUCCACCUCAAAUCCUUUCUUCGGUUAUCCAGUAGUGCAAUUUGGCAGCUCUAUCAGGCCAAGAUAUCCUCGUAACAGGAAACGUGAUCUUGUCAAGACGCUCUUGUUCCUUUUCAUGCUAAAGUUACAGAGCUGGAGGGAUUCUGUUGAAAGAGCUCUAGGCUUGAACCGUCUACGUAUCCCGUCCCUUUCCCAACCUUACUGCUCGUCCUCACUUUAUACUCCUGGGCCUAACAGGAGAAACCCCGCCGAGGGUCUUGUUCGCUCUGCGGCAACGCCCGGCACGUACUCGAAGCAAGUCGCGAAAUAUAGAAGAUGGGAUAAAGAUUGGUGGUGGAUGAUUAUUGGGAUGCUGUUGUUGAGAGGAACGUGGGGAAGAAUUGUGCUGGCACCGUUGGAGGCAUUGGGACUGGGGUUGUCUGAAUGGAAGGCUAUAUGGGGAGCAGUAUGACACAAGAGCGGUGACACAAGAGCCGCGUGGUGUGAUGGAGAGCUCCGAUGUUUUGUUGUGGUAACUGCUGUUGGACCUUUCAUAUGUACUCGCCAGGUUGUAUUCAUUGUCGUCAUGCAAUUUGUGA